CCUCUCCCACUUUUCUCCCUUUCAGGCCAAUGUGGUGUGCAUGGUCUAUGACGUCACAGAAGAGGCCACCAUUGACAAGAUUCGGACAAAAUGGAUUCCGAUGGUGAAUGGUGGCAUUGAGAGGUGUGCCAGAAUCCCCAUCAUUCUUGUGGGAAACAAGUCCGACCUGCAUACCGGGAGCUCCAUGGAAACCAUUCUGCCCAUCAUGAACCAGUUCUCUGAGAUUGAGACCUGCGUGGAGUGUUCAGCAAAGAACCUGAAAAACAUUUCUGAGCUCUUCUACUAUGCCCAGAAAGCUGUCCUUCACCCAACUGCCCCUCUCUAUGAUCCAGAGGAGAAACAGUUAAGACCAGCAUGUGCCCGAGCACUCACUCGCAUUUUCACCAUGUCUGAUCAGGACAACAAUCAAAUCCUAAGUGAUGAAGAGCUGAAUUAUUUCCAGAAAUCCUGCUUUGGAAACCCGUUGGCUCCUCAGGCUCUGGAAGAUGUCAAAAUGGUGGUGUGGAAGAACACGACAGACGGUGUCCAGGACAAUGGCCUUACACUCAACGGCUUCCUUUUCCUCAACACCCUCUUCAUCCAGAGAGGGCGUCACGAGACUACAUGGACCAUUCUCCGCCGCUUUGGCUAUGACGAUGCCCUGGAGCUGACCGAUGACUAUCUCUGCCCAGUGAUCCGGGUACCCCAGGACUGUACUACAGAGCUCAACCACUUCGGGUACCAAUUCCUGCAACGGAUGUUUGAGAAACAUGACAAGGAUUGUGACGGCGCCCUCUCGCCCGUCGAGCUGCAGAACUUCUUUGGUGUGUUCCCCUACAUCCCCUGGGGACCUGAGCUCUACCACACGGUAUGCACCACAGAUAAAGGCCUGCUUUCCCUGCAUGGAUUCCUCUGCCAGUGGACGCUGGUUGCCUACCUGGACGUCCAUCGCUGCUUAGAAUACUUGGGCUACCUGGGGUACCCCAUCUUCUCACAGCAGGACUCUCAGAUUUACGCCAUCACAGUCACCCGGGGGAAAAAGAUCGACUUGGAGAAAGGCCAGACUCACCGGAAUGUCUUCCUGUGCAAAGUGAUCGGGUCUCAGGGAUCUGGCAAGUCCGCUUUCCUGCAGGCCUUUUUAGGGAAGAAAGUGGAGGUCCAAAGUGAAUCUGAAGAAAGCAGAUCGUCCUAUUCAAUUAAUACCGUGCUGGUCAAUGGACAGGAAAAGCAUUUAAUUCUGCACGAGAUUGAGGCCUGUGUGGAAUUUGCAAAAACCUCCGACAUAACGUGUGAUGUUGCCUGCUUCUUGUAUGACGUGACAGACUUCAAGUCUUUUAAUUACUGUGCUAAUAUUUAUAAGCAACACUACAUGGACAGUCAGAUUCCUUGUCUCUUCGUGGCUUCCAAAACUGACCUGCCGGAAACAGCCCUUCCGCACGGCUUCUCCCCAGCCGAGUUCUGCUACAAACACCGCUUGCAGCCCCCGUUUUACUUCUCCUGCAUCAGCCAGGAACUUCUCAGCACCGCGGUCUACACCAAACUAGCCACAGCCGCCACGUUUCC